AUGGUUCUUCAAGAUCUCGGCCGCCGCAUUAAUKGCGCCCUCAACGACCUCACCCGCUCCGCGACUCUGGAUGAAAAGGCAUUUGAUGGCAUGAUCAAGGAAAUCUCCAACGCUCUCGUCGAAGCAGACGUCAACAUCAAACUCGUCGCCUCCCUCCGGAAGUCCAUCAAAGCGUCCGUCAAAUUCUCCGAACUGCCCGCACAUGCCAACAAGAAGCGCAUCAUCCAAAAAGCCGUCUUCGACUCUCUCGUGGAUAUCGUCAAUCCUCACCAGAAGCCAUACGAAGCGAAGAAGGGAAAGAGUAAUGUCAUCAUGUUCGUGGGAUUGCAGGGUGCGGGUAAAACCACAACCUGUACGAAAUUGGCGAGAUGGUAUCAGGCAAGGGGAUUCAAGACUUGUCUUGUGUGUGCCGAUACAUUCCGUGCUGGAGCUUUUGAUCAGUUGAAGCAGAAUGCCACCAAGGCGAAGAUCCCUUACUACGGAUCUCUGACGCAAACAGACCCUGUGGUGGUCGCGAGGGAGGGUGUUGAGAAAUUCAAGAAGGAGAGGUUCGAGAUCAUCAUUGUGGAUACUUCCGGAAGACAUCACCAGGAGGAUGCGCUUUUUGCAGAAAUGGUAGAGAUUCAGGCUGCUGUGCAACCACAUCAGACGGUCAUGGUGUUGGAUGCUAGUAUUGGCCAGGCGGCGGAACAGCAGUCGCAGGCUUUCAAGGCUACGGCUGAUUUCGGAGCAAUCAUCAUCACGAAGACGGAUGGAGCUGCCGCGGGUGGUGGUGCCAUUUCCGCAGUUGCGGCGACCCACACGCCAAUUGUAUUCAUCGGAACUGGUGAGCAUUUGCUGGAUCUGGAGAAGUUCAACCCGGAGAGCUUUGUGAGCAAGUUGCUGGGAAUGGGAGAUAUGCAGGGGUUAGUAGAACAUGUACAGUCCCUCAAGUUGGAUCAAAAAGAGACGAUGAAGAACAUCACCGAGGGCAAGUUCUCUGUGAGGGACUUGAGGGACCAACUCACCAACAUCAUGAAGAUGGGACCACUCUCCAAGAUGGCGGGUAUGAUUCCAGGUCUUUCCGGAAUGAUGGGAGGCAUGGAUGAUGAAGACGCCGGGUUGAAACUGAAGCGCAUGAUUUACAUCUGUGACUCUAUGACAACCAAGGAGCUGGAUUCUGAUGGCAAGAUGUUUGUCGACCAACCAACACGUAUUACGCGCGUUGCGAGAGGAAGUGGGACGAGCGUGAGAGAGGUUGAGGAGCUGUUGACGCAGCAGAGGAUGAUGGCGGGCAUGGCCAAGAAGAUGAAGGGUGGACUACAAAACAUGGAGAAGAUGAAAGGGAUGGCUGGAGGUGGAAACCAGAAAGCACAGAUGGCGGCGAUGCAGAAGCGAAUGGCUGCCAUGGGACAGGGCGGUGGUGGCAUGCCGGGAAUGCCCGGCGGAAUGGACAUGGCUAGUCUCAUGAAGCAAAUGGGAGGAGGAAACGCUCCAGACAUGAGUUCUCUUAUGAAUAUGUUCGGAGGAGGAGGAGGUGGUGGUGGUGGCAUGCCAGACUUGGGAGGACUCAUGAAGAUGAUGGGCGGUGGCGGCGCGCAGCCUAAGCGAUGA